AGCCCCAAAGACGUCAAAUCGAACAAAAUAAUCAACAAAGACGAGAAAAGGACUCCAAAAAGGGAUUUUAAUGAUUCCAAAGAACCCCAAAUCCAAGAUAAAAUAAUUUCAAAAUGAAAAUUUUACAGAAUUUAACGCUAAUUGGACUGAUAAUGCUCGUAAAUGGCAUCACAAUAGAAGAAAAAACUCAUCACAAUCCAUGCAAAGCAGUCAAAGGAAUAUUCAUCCUAGGGCUCCAAGAAUUUUAUAGCUGCAUGCUAAAAGAGACCGUAGUUGAUUUUGCGGUUUGUCAAAAUUGUUCUGAUUAUUUUUGGACGAUGUUUUCGGGUUUCGAGCUCCUUAAAAAUACCACAGAUACGAGGCCAGGACACGAAAAUGCCAAAUGCAUCGACGAAUUGCUGCACAAAGAUCGCAUGGAUUACUGGUCUCGCAUUCAUGCCGAAGCUGUCAAGCUCUGGGACGAUGCCAAUUGCUACAAAUGUCACGAUUGGAAUGGAACUUUUGUCACAGAUCCCACAAUUCCGGUCCAUCAAAACCUCACAGCGGACUUCCAAACAUUCCUGAACUACACGGAAGAGCUAAAAACGUGCGAAGAUCGCGAAACCGACAACAUUUGCCAAAAAUGCGAAAAAAUCUACACAGAUUUGAACAAAUUUUACGAAGGAAUCAAGAAAAAAGACAAGGCAAAAAUUUGUUUCGACAUCGAAAAUUCGAUGAAUCGCACGCGCCUUUACUGGUCCGGCAAUUUGGGAUGUUGUCACGAUGACGGCGUCUCGUUCACCGUUUUUUCCAUUCUCGCUUCGAUUAUUGGGAUUUUGCCGAUAAUUUUCUACUCGAGUGCGUACCUGAUCACGAAGCGGCAGGAAAAUUUGUCUCUCGUUGUGGAUGACGAGCAAAUUGUUGCGCCGAAUAUGCGAAGUAUCAACAACGAACCGUUGCCGGGAACGAGCAAUGAAGCCGGAAGUGAUGCAAGUACAGCAGUUUUGGAUGAUGAAAGUCCAACGAGAUUCGUGCGAAAUGGGCUGAAAGAAGAAGAUAUUGCGAAAAAGAGCAAUAUCGAUGUGAAUCCGAUCAAUUUGUUGCCAAAAAAGACAAAUACCUCGACGAGUCAAAUGUUGAUAGACUUAGAAAAAGUUCCAGAGGCGGGAGUGUCAAAUGUUCCAAAGAAUUUGCUGGAUUUAGAUAAUAGUUUGUGAUGCAAGGGCCUUUUUAGUAGUGGAUAAUCUCAUUAAAUUUUAAAAAAAUUUUAAGAUGUUAUAGAAGAAUUUAUAGAAAUAAAUAAGUUA